CAGCUACCAUGGUUGAGACAGACACUGAGCGAUCGUCCUGGCCCGAGAAUGACCCACGCGUCCUCUCUCCCUGGUAAGAUAUGACAGGCACGAAAGCAAGACAUCCAUGGUACAAUCCAGAUUGUAUAAGAUCAUUGUAUUCAUCGUUUGGUUGUCUCCACGGAGUUCUCAACGAGAUCCUCGAGCGGUAUUCCAUAAACCAAAUUCCAACACAUUGGGAAAAAAAAAAAUGAACGAUCGAUCAUGUCUGAUGAUUUGCACUGGGGAGUCCCGAAUCCCUCAACAAAAAAGAUUAAAUCAAACCAUUCCCAAUCCUCCCGCAAAUCCACAUUCCCUCUCGGAUGCCGCUCAGCUCCGCGCCAUGGCCUAAUGAUUGUCCCCCAUCCAGACUAGCGACAUUGAUCACCUAGCCGAUUUUCCACAGACCCAUUCUGAUUGUGUGCCGGAGCACCCGAGGAUAACCCUGGC